AUGCCUCGUAGAAAAAGCCUUCGUAACAAUCCCCGUCGAGAGCACGAGCUCCCCGCGCUCUUCCAUUUGAGUCGAAAGCUUCGUGGCGGUGCACAGCUCGGUAAAGCUGUCAAGGGACGAAGCAAAGAUGGUAAAGGCAAGAAGGACGGCGGUCGUGAGACUACAGAGGAAGAACGGAGACUGCAGGAGUCAAUUCGACGGAUGGAGAUGAACGACUACUUGAAGCGUCUUACAGUCUCCAAGAAGGCUUUGUUACAAGAGUUCAUGGCUAAAGAGGAGAAGAUUUCGCGCAUGAACAAGCUCAAAAUCCAGAACCAUUGGCGCAAGAUCAUGCGGCUUGUUAAGGUCGAAGCUUUGCGUAAAGAGGUGGAGGUGCGGUCUCAGAACCACGAGCGUGACGUGGAUCGCAAAGACGCGCUUAUCCAGAUGCUCGACCGCGACUUGGAGGAGGCUGAGGAGCAGUUCCAAAUGGCGCUGCGUGCUCACCUCCUCAACGUGGACGAGCUCAUUGAUCUGCAAGACGAGCGGCUCUUAGGUUUAGAAAAAGAAUUUGAAACAGAUCUAAAAGAGCUCGAACAAGAGUUCCAGACGGAGAAGAACAAGCUCAUCGCACAGCACACGAUGGAGCGCAACGAACUGCAGCGCAUCAUGCAGGCAGUUGAUCAACAGGAGAAGGAGCGCGAAGCCGACGCCAAACAGGAACAUGAACAGCUUCGAGAGGAGAUCCGGAACAAGAAUCUAGAAGACAUUAACGUGCUCAGAAUCACCUUGGACAGCAGCAUUGAGGAACUGGAACAGCACUUCGAGACUGCGCAUCUGAACUACCUCCAGAACACGGAUCAGCGCACCCAAGACUUCAAGUACUUGACUGCCAAGGACCAGGAUCUCUCCCGUGAUAUCGAGCUCAAGAUCCGCAAGAUCGAGCGUCUGCAGCAGAGUCUGGCGCUCUGGAGGACCAAGAUCGCACAAAAUGUACGCGAGUGUUCGGAGCGUAACAAGGCGCUCGAAGAGGAGAAAGCUGCCAUCUCGCAUCACUUCCAGACGCUCAAAGCUAAGAUGAACCGUAUGCGAGAAGACCAGCGACGUCGACUUGCAGACUUAUCGCAAGGAGCUCGUGAAGCCACCAAGAAGCUGGGCACUCAUUUACAACUAAGCGAGAGGAUCUUGCAGCUUGGAGAACUUGUACGCAAGCUUGAGACGGAAAGAGAGCGCGUCCUACCGUUUUACAAGUCGACAUUAGCUGAUGAACAAGAAGCGAAUGAACUCACAGAAACUGUACGACAAGCUAUGCGUACAGAAACUGGUCGUGAAGAGGAGGAAGCGAUGCAAAUGCUCGACUUCCAGCCGCAAGGACUGCAGAAUGGCGUCCCUGUUAGCGAGUGGGAAUACCUCGAUCUCUUCUGGAAGAGGCACAACAAGGUGCUGCUUGAUGAAUUGGCCUUACGUCGUGAAAAAGAGCGCGUGGCCAACGAGAACCGUGAGCUUCAGACCAUUUUACAGCAGUAUCUCGCCGGGAUCUCCGUGAGUCCGACCGUACUGGACGGAGCUAACCCGUUGCUGGUGGUUAACGGGCGUCUACGACUGCAUCAACCUGCGCUGGGUGAAGACGGUAAGCCGCGUGCCAAACCUGUCAUCGACGCGAACCACAUGGUUGACACGAACCGAGUUACGCGGUAUAAAGCAGGUUAG